UGGAGCUGUUCCAGCGGAUCGAGCUGGAAAAGAUGUUUAAAAAGUUCAACCUAGCUCAGGAUUCACAUGUCUGAUAAUGGACGUGAACCGAAUCUGCCGGAUGUGCUCCUCGGCUAAGGGUCGCUUGAAAUCGAUCUUCGAGGACUACGUUGAGGAGAACCUUGUUCAAACAAUUGGGAACGUUCUACAGCUUUCGAUCAGCGCCGAUGACGGACUGCCAUCUAAUGUUUGCAAACCUUGCGUGAAUAUCCUCAUCAAAAUGCGACAAAACGUCCAGCAGUUCCGAGAGAAUGAUAGAUCCCUGCGGAAUAUUAUUUUCGGGUCCGGCGAAACAGAUAUCAAAGUGGAGGAUGAUUUACCGACAGAAGUCUAUCCUGAUUGUACAUUCCGAAAUAAAUCGGAGUUACCGGUUCAACGUGAACCUAUUAUUCCAUUACCAAUUGUGAUGAAACAAGAACCAUCUGAUGACGACAUCACAUUCGAAGAAAAGACUCCGGAAGAUGACGACGAGUACAAAGCAACUACAACCGAUUCAAGUGAUAGCAGUGAGAUUAAUUCUGAUUCAGAUGAUGCUCCUCUGCAGCCCAAGAGAAAAGUUCGAAAGAAACCUAGCCAACGAACUACGAAAUACAGCAAAUCCGAACGUUCUAGCCGGAAGCGACAGAAGAAGAUUGAUCUCGACCGACCCAAGCUCAACGAUCACAAGUGCUAUAUCUGUGGCAGUAGUGAAUCGAUGGGCUCGGCAAAGGCACUGCUGGAACAUUUGACCGUUCAUUUGGAUAUGAUGCCACAUACCUGCACCGAAUGUGUGAUGGAACCGGUUGUGCUGAAAAACGUUCGAUCCUUGAACGUGCACAAAAAGAUGCAUGCCCAACCGAUUAAAUGUGAGUACUGUGAUCGAAGGUACAGCGAUUACUAUGCCCGCGAUGGACACGUUAAAACCUAUCACCUGGGCGAAAGUGCCCCAUGCCCGUCAACCUGUGAGCAAUGCGGUAAGGUCUGCAAGUCGAUUGCAGCGCUGAAGAGCCACAUGCGGGAUCAUAAGCUGGAUGUCAAGUGCGAUCACUGUGGCAAGGUCUUUCAUAGGAUGAGCAAACUGCGUGAACACGUGACACGGGUACACGAGAAAGCCGAGAAGUACGACUGUAACCUCUGUAACCACGUGCUGCACUCGUUGGAAAGUUACAACUCUCAUUUGAAGAUGCAUAAUGCGGAGAAAACAUACGUCUGUGACCUUUGUCCGAUGAAGUUCUACACGGCGGGCAACCUGGGUUUGCACAAGAAGGUGCAUGCCAAAAAUGUAAACUACAAACCCCACAAGGACUGGACCAGCCACUAUACCGUUGCGCAAGAUGUGGACCGAGGGAAGAUCUACGCCUGCAAUCACUGUGGGAAUACCUACAGCGGCACGGUGAACACAAUCAUCAGUCACGUGAAGCAUCACUUCAAGGACAUCCAGUGCGAUCGGUGCGACUUGAAGUUCACAAAUAUGCACAAGCUGAAGAUUCAUUAUGUGGUUCAUACGCGAGAACGGAACUAUCGGUGUGAGCAUUGUGGGAAGGACUUCAUGUAUAGAACCCACUUGAACUAUCACAUCAAGAACAAACAUGGGCGCACAGGCAACAACGGUGGGGAUGCGUUGACGUUGACUGAACCUGUGGAUCCGAAGACGAUGAGUGAAGGAGAUGUAACUUAAUCGUAGUAAGAUUUGGUUUUGUUUAGAAUAAGCGAAUUAUUUCCCAAUAAAUGUCAGUAGUAGUCAAUCACAUUUACAUGAGAGUUUAAUAAAUUCUCGUGGGUGAUACUUUUGACCAGAGGUGGUAAAUGAGCAAAUCCACGCCAAAUAGCGAAAAAGUA